AUGAACCGUGCAGCCCCCUGCGCUCUGGUUCAGCACCUUGGACAGCGGCGCACGCUCCUGUGCUCACGGAGAGUGGCUCGUGGAGGGGGCGUGGUUGUGAGGGAGGGGCCCAUGUCCCCUGGAGCAGAGGACGGAGUGGACACACGCUGGGCACGCACAGAUCCGCCCACGGAACAGCGUGUGGGGCGCGUGGACUGUGGAUCUGUCCCCGCAGGAGCCGCUCAUGCUCGUGACACCCCACGCGCUACAAGUCUCAGCCAGAAGCCCACUUUUCCUCUUUGA